AAACACUCCAGAGUAGCCAGAGAAGUGAAAGAGGCGGAUCAACAGGCAGCUCAACAAUUUUGCUGCAUUCUGCGCCUCACAUUCAGACUUGAGGAAAGUCUGCGAGGACCGGAAAUGACUUUGACUUCUUAUCAAUCACGAUGCCUCACUGUCAUGUGGAUGUACUUCAGCCGCCUCCUGUUGCUGAUGCACUAAACAUGGCACAGAGCCCAGGGAGGCCAUCCGCAGAGGAGUAUCUGGGACAAAGAUGAAAAUCACUUUCUGCCUGCUAGAAGAGAAACUCCUGCUAAGAUGAACCCAGAAUCUCUGGACUCGUCCAUCCAGAGUGCCCUCUCGGCCCUCUUCCCGCCUUUCGAGGCCACGGCACCCAUCGUCCUCAGUCAGCUGUUUCGCACUAUCGAGGAGCGUUACCACGGUGAUGCAUUGCAGUGCCUCCUAGAUUUCCUUAUCCCCUCCAAACACCUGUUGGAGAGUGUCCAACAAGCAGCAUGUGCUGGAUACUCUGAUGUGGUUUUCCGCUGUGAGGGCUGGCCUCUAUGUCUCCAUGACAAAACUGUCAUCCAGUUAGCACCUGUAAACCCUUUGCUUUUGCGUCCUGGAGACUUCUAUCUACAGGUGGAACCUUUCGGGGACCAAGCGGCACGCAUUGUCCUCAAAAGUCUUCUGGAAGAGGGCUGUCGAGAAGUGGAGGAGACCCCUGUGCCUGAAACGUCCUACCCCUGCAUCUUCACUGAUGGCUGGUUGCAGGACAUCAAUGAAGGGCGACAUGGAACUCCUCUCUCACGUUGCUUGCUUUGCACAGAUCAAGGAGUAAUCAAGUUGCCCUGGGCCAAAAUAGCCAUCCCAGAGUUUUUGGACAAGCCUAAGAUCAUGCCCACUCACUGGGAAGCUCCUCCUGAGCCAAAGUCGAUCUCAGUUCCCUCCCAUUUUAACUCCUCCACCCUCCCAGUGGGAGCCAUUAUUAUUCCAGCAAAAGACAGGCUGUCAGCGUCUGUGAGAACCGUGGACUGUUCUUCCAAACUUGUCAAAAUGAAGCAUGAAAGACAAAUGCCCAAAUCAUGCUCCAAACCUUUAAUCAAACCCGUGGGUUGGGUUUCUCCUAAUACCUGGGACAGUCGUAACUAUGGGGAGAUUGAAGGUGACUAUGUAGACCUGGUGGAUAUUGCCAAAGGGAAGGUCUCUGUGCAUAAGCAGAGAGACAGCCAUCCAAAUCCUCCCAAUUCAGCUUUGUUCAAACCUGUCAGACCACCUCCACCUAUACCACUUGGGCCCAGUGUUCCCUGUGGACGCACCCUUCAGUAUGCAGAGGAGCCUUGUAUGCCGUGCAGCCAGAGAAAGCUGGGACAGGAGCUCACUGAUCAAGACUUGAAGUGUCGGUACAGAGACUCUUACCUUGCUGCACUGAGAAACCCUGUCACGUUUGAGAGAGGGAGUAGAGACCUACUAUCUGCUCUGGAGGAGGUCGGCCUUUGUGCAGAGGGAGAGUUAAGAUCCAAGGGUACAUAUGAAGCUCCAACAGCGCCAAUAGAUGAACUUGGAAGCAUUUCUAACCACUCUAAAGAGGCUGUGAUACGUCACGACCUCUGCCAGUACAAACCUUGCUGUGAACCAACACCCGGAAACUUUGUGUCUCACCGGAAAGACCUUCCUACAAGUUCUGCCUCCGAAAACCUUAUGAAGGAAUCACCUACAAUUCUAAAAUCAACCCCUGGUUUAAGCCAGAGUCAAAGAGUUCAGACAAAACUUAUUUCCCAACAAUUAGGACAUAACGCUAAUGUGCAACCAGGAUCAGAUGUGUUCUUGGAGGCCCGUGAGGGCGACAUGAAACCGCAGCAGAAGGUGGAAGUCCUAAAACCAUCCGGGAAACACAAAGUCAAGCUGAGGUCUCUGUCUACGGUGUCAGAGACACCUAAAGGGAGUCCGCUUCUCUACAAACUCAACAACAGGAGCCAAAGUGAUGUUUGCCCUGAAACAAUCUCCAGUAUAAUCCAGUGUAAGAAAGGUGAACUGUUGGAUCAGGUCAUCCCGAAGCAGGAAAGACUGGCUGUCAUGUGUCCGAAAAAAGACUCCCAUUCAGGUAAGAGUGAAACCUAUACGCCCACAGAUGGAGCAGACUCCAGACUCCACAACUCAAAGACAGAAAAGCCGUCUUCUCCGCUAGUCCGGCUUCCUUCUGCCAGUUCUGACACUCCUCCGUCUCCACAAUCAGAGGAAUCCAGUUUCAGAAGCAUCAGUGGUCUGCUUGAAUCGGCCAUUAUUUGUUUGCCAGGCAGCAGGGACAGGACGGGCAGAGCAGUUGUGGAGGUUCAUGGUGACAGAAAAGGGUGGACGUCCCCACUCGUAUCAACUCAGACUGUGUGCAAGUUGCUGCUCUAUCUACACUCCAUACCAAGGAAAGAUGUUCGAGAGCUGGGAAUGACUUUGGUGGUCAAUGCCAGGAAGAAGCCUCCUCCGCUCCACCUCUACAAAGCUCUGCUCAUGGCACAGGAACAAGCUCUUCACACUGUGCACAGUAUCGUGAUACUGAUGGAUAAAGACACUUGUCCACGUCCUGAAAAACAACCUGGGCUGCAGAUGGACAUGGUGACGUCCAUGAAAGCCCUAAACAAGACAGUUGAAGCUUCCCAGCUGACCUCUGACCUGGGUGGUACCUUUACUUACAGCCAUUCAGACUGGAUGCAGUUCCAUCAGAAAUUGGUCUCCUUUAUGACCGACUUGCGAGAGGCUGACCGUUUGUUGCAGAAGGCCAUCAGGAAAGUGGAUGGCAGCAAAAAGGCAGACACUGCCCAGGAUGUGCAGCAAUGCAUUCAGGAACAGAAGGCUUCAAUGAAGGAAGUGCUGGAGGACACUCGACUGGUCACUCUGCAAAGAGAAGGGGGGGCCGCGCUGGCCAGGAUGAGGAGAGAGGAGUUCAGAUUUCCACAGUCUGAAGACUACAGAGAUGGUCUGGAGUCAGUAACAAGUCUGUACAACCAGGUGGAGGAGAAGCUCCACACGUUGGUGAUGAGAUCGAAUGAGUCACUGCAGCAACUGGAGUUUCUCUUCAGGCUCAGAGAGACGGAGGCCAAAAUCAGCACGGCUGGGACCUGGUUCAAUACAGAAGGUGAACAGAGACUGGCGGACUCUUACACCACAGAUGAUACCCUGGUGUGCACUGAAAAGGCUUUGCAGCACUUUGAGCAGUUUCUCACCCAGUCUAAGGAAAAACAUCAGUUUGCCUUGACACUGGUGACGGAGGCAGAGGGACUUGUUGGCACCAGCGACUCCAGUCCUGCAACAGAUGUUUUUCGUACUCUGAUCGGUACUUUCAAAUCCAAUAUGGAUGGUAUUAUGUUGCGGGCAGAAAAGAGGUACAAAGAACUGGACACACUGGUGCACGUGUACCGCUUCUGUUAUCAGGCAUCUGCUCUGGCCAAGGAAUGCAGUCAUUUUUUGGAGCAGGUAGAGCCGGGGUGUUACUCAGCUCAGACCCUAAACACACUCCAGAUGUAUGAAAAGAGAUUAGGUGGGGAAUUCUCCACCGUGCACUUCCAGGCUCUGAAAGUAAAGGCCUGUGGUGUGGGGUCUGGGGCCUCUGGGGUGAUAGAGGUGUGGAAUGCAACCUGGGUCCAGUGCCAAGAAGUCAGGCAGCGUCUUGAGGAGACGCAGAAGAAGACAGGAGUAGAUAAGCACCAAAUCCAGCAGACCACAGCUGCAAACUCUCAAAUGGAAAAUGGGGGAACGGAGAAGGAGGGGGAGGAUGAACGCCCCUUGACAAAGCAGCCAACCUCUCCUAAAGAGGAUGUCAAAAUCUCAGAAAAUGCAAGAGAAUCCACAAAUUCUGCGUGUCUCAGCCAUCAUUUAAAACCGGACAUGAAAGGAGAUGAGAGAGGGGAACCCCGAGCUCAGAGAUCACCUGAUGCAACAGUUGACAAUGAGAAAAUGUCUCCCCUAAAUGUUCCGCAAAACAUUGACCAUCAUCCGGAGACCAGACGGAGGCCGCGCGAGCACCACAGUGAAGCAGACCUGAGGAUCACAGAGUGUACCGAAGUGUGCGAUGAUUUUCCUUUGCAUAAAGGCUUGGGUCGAUCCUUGAGCGAGGGAUCAUAUGUUAGCGCUCAUUUGACGAGCAUCUCCGGCUUUUCCCCUUUGGAUGUGAGGCACAAACACUGUCAGAGCAGGUUGCAGCCACUCGAAAAAAAUCUGCAACCUUUCCAAAAUCUGCCCAUUUCCCAUGACGGGAGUUUACAGUCAGGAAACUUGAGCUGCAAGUCACUAAGAGACAGUAAUGAAGUGGACAGAGGAGGAUGCACAGUCUCCACCCACAGCCCCAAAGAAUUAAGGACCCCAGAGACAUUACUCACCCCAACAGAAAACAAUGGCAGCAGUGUUUUGAAACUGCAGAAGAUAAUGGAGGAGCUGCUGUCCACAGAGAGGGAGUAUGUGAAGGCUCUGGGGUAUGUCCGAGAACACUACUUCCCCGAGCUGGAGAGGGCCGACGUCCCUCAGGACCUUAGGGGCCAGAGGGGGAGCAUCUUCGGUAACUUAGAAAAACUCCACGACUUCCACCAACAUCAUUUCAUGAGUGAGCUGGAGAGCUGCGUGAAUGAACCCUUCAGAGUGGGACGCUGCUUCCUACGACACAGAGAGAGCUUUGCUUUGUAUGCCCUUUACAGCAAGAACAAACCGCAGUCUGACAGUCUUCUCAUCAACCACGGGCAGGUUUUCUUCAAGCAAAAACAGCUGAGGCUCGGGGAUAAAAUGGACCUGUGGUCGUACCUUCUGAAGCCUGUGCAGCGCAUCAGUAAAUAUAGCCUGCUGCUGCAGGACAUGUUAAGAGAGUGUGGUCCGGGACAAACCAGAGAGAUGGCUGAGGUCAAGGCUGCCCUGGAGAUCAUCCAUUUCCAGCUGCGCCAUGGCAACAACCUGCUGGCCAUGGAUGCCAUCCACAACUGUGACGUUAAUCUGAAGGAGCAGGGGCAGUUGAUUCGCCAAGAUGAGUUCCUCGUAACAUUGAGGAAAAAGAAAUGUUUCCGACACAUCUUCCUCUUUCAAGAGCUCAUCCUCUUUAGCAAGACUCGGAAGACUGACGUAGGGAAUGACACAUAUAUCUACAAGCAGUCUUUCAAGACAUCAGACAUAGGCAUGACCCAAAACAGCGGUGACAGUGGCCUGUGUUUUGAGAUCUGGUUCAGGAAGAGGAAAACCCAGGACACUUACGUGCUGCAGGCAGUGAGCCGGGAGGUGAAGGAGGCUUGGACCAAGGACCUGGAGCGGAUCCUCUGGGAGCAGGCAGUACACAACAGAGACGUCCGUAUGCAGGAGAGAGUGUUUAUGGGGAUUGGAAACAAGCCUUUCAUGGACAUCCAGCCGAGUGAGGCAGCGAUCAGUGACAGAGCUGUCAACUAUGUACUGAUGGGGAGAGUCUCUGCAGAGAGCAAGGUGCUGUCUUCUGCGGGAUCAUGUGGGUCACAGGACGGGCUCUCAGGGGGGCGGCCGACAUCUGUCGGCUCAGGAAGCAGUUCAUCUUCCUCCUCUUCCUCUGGAGGGAGUACUGUGUCCCAUAUGGGUUACCGGUGUGGACCAAAGCGGAGGGCGGUUGUGGGGCUGCUUGCAGGAUACGUACCCCUGGAGGAGGACGACCUGGACCAUGAGAGUGGAAGUCAGCAUUUACUACUGGACAGCUCUGAGUCGUCAGGAGAGAGCGUAAGCGGCUUCAGCAGCUGCAGUCACGGCUACCACUCUGCCGCCGGAGGAGAGGUGGAGGACGCCUCCUCUGUCUGCGCCUCUGUAGUCACCGUUAAGGAGGCUGUGGUUGGCCGUGGAACUGAAGCUCCUGCAGAUUUCCACAAACCAAAUGCUCUGGCGGGAUCCCCAGACAAAACCCAACCACCAGUUGCACCAAAGCCCAAACCACAGCACCAGGCCAAGGAUCUCCCCUGUGGCAAGGAGACGGUUCAGAACACUAGUGUUGGGAAAUCCACUGAGGUUUGACCUGUGACAGAUGGUACAAGAUCUGAAAGUAAACCAACAAAAGCCAAGACGAGGCCGCUAAUGUCGUAGCAUAGAAGAAUAUAAUGUGUUACAGUAAUCCAUUACCACUAUGUAAAUACAUCUUUUUAAUCUCACCACAUACAGAACGUCUAUAAACGUUCUGUAUCCUGAACAUGAGCAGUGACACUUUUUGAAAUACAUACUGUACCUGACAUGGCUUUGCAUUGUGUGUUGUAAAUCAGCUUCAUAGUUCAUUCAGAAGAUCAUAGAGUUGCUACAGUCUUUGUGUCUGUGCUUAUGUCAUUCAUAAUAAAAUGCUAAACUAUACUGUAGUUUAAAAAACGUGGCUCGAUCAUUGAGGUGAAAUAAAAAAAACAGCACAUAAAGUCCUCCUUUAUAUCUACAGUAAAAUGUAUUGUCUUUUGUACAGUUUUAUAUAAACACAUUCACUCCGUCUUCUUUUCUUGAUUAACUGUUUUGUAUAAACGUGUAUCUUACUGCUGUGAAGAUAUUGAUCUGUGUAACAGCUGUAUGGCUUUCUAAUGAAGUAUGGAAUAUUUGCAGUUAUGAUGUGUGCUUGCUUUUGUACUGUAUGUGUUUUUACUUGCAAUAAACUUGACUGAACAUUCUAAACAUCAA